UAUUACGUAAGAGUAAAACAUAAGGUCAAUUCAAAAAGGAAACUCAACAUGGCAGACGUAACAUCAACGAAAACGAAGCAGUUUGUCGACCUUCGUUCGAAAUUAAACGGCAUCUCCAACCAAAAGAAGCGUUCGCUUGACGAAGAUAAAAACAAAGCUUGAGCCAAAGGAAAGCAGACGUAGCUCUAGGAAAAAUUCCCGCGCUUCCGAUGAUGAAAACAGCAACGCAAGCGAAUUGCAGAAGAUCCAUGAAGGUAUACUACAACGCGUUUUGUUUGACGACGACGCAUGCAGAAAGAUCGAAAAGAAAAUCGAUGAAAUAGUAGAAAACGGCGAGAAAGGUGUAUAUCGUGAAAAAACUGUCGAUAGAGCCCCUUUGAGAAUCAAGUAUUUCUUUGGUGAAGGGUACACUUAUGGUAAACAGAUGAAUGAAAGGGGACCCGGGAAGGAAAGGCUGUAUGCACGAGGGGUUGUUGAUGAUAUACCAUCGUGGAUCUUUAAAAUGGUUGAGCGUAAAAUUGUAGAAGCUGGUAUUUUACCAAAAAACUUUAUAAACAGUGCAGUAAUUAACGAUUACCAACCAGGUGGCUGUAUCGUAUCUCAUAUUGAUCCAGGUCAUAUAUUCGAGAGGCCCAUAGUGUCUGCAUCAUUUUUCAGCUCAACCUCGUUGUGUUUUGGGUGUAAAUUUACUUUCAAACCAAUUCGUACGUCAGCACCAGUUCUUGCUCUGCCAAUAUCGAGAGGUUGCGUCACUGCACUUAGUGGUUAUGCUGCUGAUGACAUAACACAUUGUGUUCGGCCUCAAGAUGUAACCGCCAGACGAGCUGUUAUUAUUUUGAGAAGAGUGUAUGAUGAUGCUCCCCGUUUACCUCUUUCGUAUAAACCUGGAAAAAAUGACCACAACCGGAAUUUAAAAGAUCAUGAUCAAAGAGAUGUUAGUCCGAUAGGUCAACGCAGAAAGAGACAUCGAAGUCCCGAAUCUGACAGCGAAGAUGAACCUUGGUAUAUGAAAAACCGCAUGCGAUCUGAUCAUUACAAAGAAAAUAUAAAGCAUCGAAAUUCUGCACGGGAUUCUGAAUGAAAGUGAGAGGAUUUUCUUGCAAUUUGAGAUUUUGUUGUGAAUUCCUAGAAAAUUUAAUAUUGAAGACUAAGUAAUACCUGAACUUAUAUUGUAUAUUAAAUAGAGAGCAUUAUUCAAUAAAUCAUAAAUGUAUCAUUCUUGGAACUUUGUAUGCAAGUUAUGAAAAGAUUGCUUUAACACUUAUUUAGUAUUUUAAUGGUAAAAUCUACACUUGUAAAUAGCAUAAGACUUUAUUUUAGGGAAAUGUUAUUUCAUGGUAAUUAUAAUUGUAUAUAUUUGUGUUUCUUUCAAAA